AACAUCUGCACCACCCGAGGCGUGAGCUCCUGCCAACAGUGUCUGGCUGUGAGCCCGAUGUGUGCCUGGUGCUCAGACGAGGCCCUGCCGGUGGGUACACCUCGUUGUAACUUGAAGGACAACCUGCUGAAGGACAACUGUGCCCGGGAUUAUAUCGAGUUUCCGAUCAGUGAGGCCCUGAUCCUGGAAGCUAGACCUCUCAGUGACACGGGCUCUGGAGACAGUUCACAGGUUACCCAAGUCAGUCCCCAGCGGAUUGCACUACGGCUACGACCAGAUGACUCGAAGACUUUCUCCAUCCAAGUGAGGCAGGUGGAGGAUUACCCUGUGGACAUCUACUACUUGAUGGACCUCUCCUACUCUAUGAAAGAUGAUCUAUCAAGCAUCCAGAGCCUGGGUACAAAGCUGGCCUCCCAGAUGCGCAAGCUCACCAGUAACCUCCGUAUUGGUUUCGGAGCCUUUGUGGACAAGCCUGUGUCGCCGUACAUGUACAUCUCUCCACCAGAGGCCCUGAAGAACCCUUGCUAUGAUAUAAAGGCCACCUGCUUGCCCAUGUUUGGCUACAAGCAUGUGUUGACACUCACUGACCAGGUGACACGAUUUAAUGAGGAGGUGAAGAAGCAGAGUGUGUCACGGAACCGAGAUGCUCCAGAGGGCGGCUUUGAUGCCAUCAUGCAAGCGACAGUCUGUGAUGAAAAGAUUGGCUGGAGAAAUGAUGCAUCUCACUUGCUGGUGUUUACCACUGAUGCCAAGACUCAUAUAGCACUGGAUGGAAGGCUGGCAGGAAUUGUUCAGCCCAACGAUGGGCAGUGCCAUAUUGGCCGUGACAACCAUUACUCUGCCUCCACUACCAUGGAUUAUCCCUCUCUGGGACUGAUGACAGAGAAGUUGUCUCAAAAAAAUAUCAAUUUGAUCUUUGCAGUGACUCAACAUGUAAUCAAGCUCUACCAGAAUUACAGUGAGCUCAUCCCAGGGACCACAGUGGGGGUUCUGUCUGAAGAUUCUAGCAAUGUCCUCCAGCUCAUCGUUGACGCCUAUGGGAAAAUCCGCUCGAAGGUAGAGCUGGAAGUGCGUGACCUUCCGGAGGAGUUGUCUCUGUCCUUCAAUGCCACAUGCCUCAACAACGAGGUCAUCCCAGGCCUCAAGUCUUGUGUUGGACUCAAAAUUGGAGACACGGUGAGCUUCAGCAUCGAGGCCAAGGUGCGUGGCUGUCCCCAGGAGAAGGAGAAGUCCUUCACCAUUAAACCCGUCGGCUUCAAAGACAGCCUCACCAUCCAGGUCACCUUUGACUGCGACUGUGCCUGCCAGGCCCAGGCCCAGCCUCACAGCUCCCGCUGCAACAACGGCAAUGGAACCUUUGAGUGUGGGGUGUGCCGCUGCGGGCCAGGCUGGCUGGGGCCCCAGUGCGAGUGCUCCGAGGAGGAUUACCGCCCCUCCCAACAGGAUGAGUGCAGCCCCCGGGAGGGCCAGCCCAUCUGCAGCCAGCGGGGCGAGUGCCUGUGCGGCCAGUGUGUCUGUCACAGCAGCGACUUUGGCAAAAUCACCGGCAAGUACUGCGAGUGUGACGACUUCUCCUGCGUUCGCUACAAGGGGGAGCUGUGCUCUGGUCAUGGCCAGUGCAGCUGUGGGGACUGCCUCUGUGACUCCGACUGGACCGGCUUCUACUGCAACUGCACCACGCGCACCGACACCUGCAUGUCCACCAACGGGCUGCUGUGCAGUGGCCGGGGCAAGUGCGAAUGCGGCAGCUGCGUCUGCAUCCAGCCGGGCUCCUACGGGGACACCUGUGAGAAGUGUCCCACCUGCCCUGAUGCCUGCACCUUUAAGAAGGAGUGUGUGGAGUGUCGGAAGUUUGAGCGGGGACUCCUGCAUGAUGAGAACACCUGCAGCCGCUACUGCCGGGAUGAGAUUGAGUCUGUGAAGGAGCUAAGGGACACUGGAAAGGAUGCAGUGAAUUGUACCUACAAGAACAAGGAUGACUGCGUGGUCAGAUUCCAGUAUUAUGAAGAUGCCAGUGGAAAGUCCAUCCUGUAUGUGGUUGAAGAGCCAGACUGUCCCAAGGGUCCUGAUAUCCUGGUGGUCCUGCUUUCAGUGAUGGGAGCCAUUCUGUUGAUCGGUCUUGCUACUCUGCUCAUCUGGAAACUCCUCAUCACCAUCCAUGACCGGAAGGAGUUUGCUAAAUUUGAGGAAGAACGAGCAAGGGCAAAAUGGGACACGGCCAACAACCCACUGUAUAAAGAGGCUACAUCCACCUUCACCAACAUCACCUACCGGGGCAGUUCAUAACCAGCAUCGUCUGCAGAUCAUUACCAGAGUCUCCCAGGAUUUGGGGAGUCUCUCCCAUUGUGUUUACAGAGACCGUAUCUGUGGGGCUUGAAGUAGGGUGGGAUGGAAGAAUGUCAGUAUGUGGAUGUGUGUGUGUGUGUGUAUAACUGUGAUGUAUGUGGGCACAUGUAAUUUAAAACUCGUGAUAUGUCCCCGAUAAUGGGAGCUCCUCAGCCCUUGUCCUCAGAAUGCUCCUACAGGAAUUCUUCCUGCCCAGCUUGAGGGUGACCCAUGUGGCUGAGCAGGUGUUCUUUACCUCAGUGAGAUGCCAGCUUACCUUGUUGUACCAUUCUCCCUGAAGAGAAGGGUGGCACUGAGGCAUCUCAUUCCCGAGGAAGGAACGCCAAGCCUCGGCUCUAUCAGAAGAUGAGUGGGUCUGGUCCUAGGGACUGCCUCUCAGAAGCUAUGGUGGAAACUACUGGGCUUUGUACCUGAGGUGACAUCUGGAGUUCAAUCACUUCCUCUCCUCUCGGGUUGAAGGAGUCAGGGGAUUGCCGAACCACCAGGGUUGCUUGUGUCUUCUGCCCUCACCUCAGUUUAGCCUAUAAGAGGAGCCCUUGCUACCUAACUUUUUGACUUAUUGGGAGUGAGGUUGGCAAGGCGCCCUGGGGAGGUCAUGCCUGACCAGGACCUCCCAAUUCACAGUCACAACCUUCGGGCUUGCCGCAUGAACCUGGACAUUCACUUAGAAGUGUGUUACUCAGAGAUCAGCACCAGCACCUUACCUCCUCCUUCUGCAUUCUCACUGCUGUACACGUUUGCUGUAUCCCGAAGGUCUCUCUGAAGACCCAGUGCUAUGGUUAGAGCCCGAUGCUUGGCCCUGGCCCUUCAUACCUUCUUCCCCCUGCCCAAGGCACCCCCCGCACACCUACCCCUGUGCCUCAGUGUACUAUAUCCAUCCAUGGGGUUAAUGGCAUUUAUCUACCUCUUGGGUGUCGUCUGAAAGAUAGAUCCAUGCUUACGGAUCUCUGAGCCUGCUGGGCCCAAGUGCCAGGGUGGAAUGAUGGGCCAGUUGUGUGUCAGCAUGUCCGACCCAUUGUCCUAUGGACCUCAUUUUAACUCCGUCUUCAAAAUCUGAGAGGCCACAAGUGCCAUUUUAUCUUAUUGUCACAUCUGAAACCAUGACAAGACUUGUUUAAUAUAAAAAAAAAUGUAUAUAAGCACACCUGUUUGUAAAUGCAAUUCUAUGUGUGCUUUUAUUUGAUAAUCAAGGAAGGGGGACCAUAAACAAUGACACAGACUUGGGCUGGAUAGACACACUGCUACCUGGUCUCAUUCAGAGUGAGCUGCUGCUGCAUAGCCAAUGGGCCUGGAAGGGCUCUGCCUGGAAGCCUGUGAGGAUGGACAGACGGACGUGCGGGGUCUUUCCUGAAGAGGAGGGAAACGGGUUGUUCCUUUUACUCCUAGCAAUACCUCCAUCACCAGGCGGUGUUCUGAGGCACAGCAGAUCUGUGUUCUUUCUGAUCUUGGCAUUGUCAUGAAGCAGCCUUGAACAUCAAUGGAGGCCAUCUGCCGUCUGAGGCUUCAUUUUCUAGUUGUCAGGAUCGACUUGAAUGAGUUGAUCUUGAAAGGUCUCUUUCAGUAUCCAGAGCCUAAGAAUCUCAGACUCAGAAGGAGUCCUGCUGCUGCUAUGGGAAGUAUUGGUGAUGGGAACCCACCAGCGGCUCUGCGGGAGAAAAGACCUGGCGAUCGCUCCUGUCAGGAUUGCAGCCUCUGGGGUAGUUCUAGCCUGUCCUCUAGGGCAACUGAGUUGGAAUAGACUCAAAGACACCCAACCACAAUCCCAACAUUCUAAGGUUUUAGAGCUUACUGUGACACCAGCCAGGCAGCCUCAAGAUUCUACAGGCUGUUGAUGCUGUUUCUCAGCUGGGAGGUCUGAGCGAUUUGGCUUUGGCCAGAGCCGAUGUCACUCAUUCUAUGUCACCUUUCUCAGUGAAAAAGCCUGAUUUCCCCCCGUCUCUCAGAACCCCUCUUCCAUUUCUGUUAGCAGUUACAUCUCCUGAUAUAGCAUCUGAGCUCCAUUUAGCUCUCCUUCCUUCCUUUGCACAUAUUUGUGUCUACAUGUGAGGGAAAAGGAGUUCAAGCAAAGUAGCUGGAGCUUGUACACUGCAUCCAUGUGAAAUCAUUAAGAAUAAACCACAGAAUUAAGAAUGGAGCAAAUGACAGCCACCGGCUCAUUCAUGGAGCUUCUACCGAUGGUUGGAAGGAGCUCUGGUGACACGGGGUUAAGCAUUGGGCUCCUAAUCACAGGGCCUGUGGUUUAAUGUUCUCAGCUACUCUGCAGGAGAAAGAUGAGGCUGUCUGCUCCCAAAAACACGGACAGUCUUAGAAACCCUAUGGAGACGUUCUCAUUUGUCCUAUAGGGUUGCUUUGUGUUUCAUUGACUUGACAGUAGAGAGUAUGGUAGAUAUAUGGGGAGGGGCGGAGAGGAUCACACACCCAAGGAGUUUAGAACCCAAAUAUAGUUUUUGGCUACGGAGACAUAGGAUUCAUUAGAGUAAUAGUGGGGCAUUCUCUUUAUGCAGGAUGGUUUAUAUGAAGAAACAAUAACAAAGGGGUGCAAAGUGUAUCCAGAGGAAGGAAACCUCACUAGGAAUCCUGUCUAAGCUUCAGGAAUGAGACUUAUCGGCCUUGAAGAACGGUCCUCUCUGUCAAUUGGGAGCUGUAAUCGUAAGAUAGCAUAUAGCCAAGCUUGGUGUCAUGUUAGAAGAACAAAAAAAUAGCAUUUUAGUACCAGACAACACAGCCCAAAUGAGCUAUUUGCCCAGCUCUUUGGGAGAUUAUUCCUGUCAGUCUGUGGACAGCAGUGGGAAAGUUAAAACAAUCCCGACUUCUGGAUGACAGGUUGCCACAUAGGAGUCACUUCUUUACCUCUCGGAUAGUCCUAGAACAUCCAUUAUUUUAACAUACACUUUUUGUUCUUGGUACACGUUCCUGGUUGCAAGGACUAAAGUGCCUUUCUAACUUGCUAGCCACCUCCCUGCUUGAGUUGUGCAAUGGUGCAUGAAAAAUGCGCCUAAAAAACCUGGCUGAAGGCAGUUCAGUGCUUCCUGUGUUACUUGUUUCAUUUGGGCGAGGGAAAAUAAAGUGUCAUUUCCUCCAAGAACAAUCAUGUUCCUGAAUGUUACAGAGUGGGGACUAAAGCUAAUGUCAAAAUUCAAUCCAGUUCUUUAGACUUGAAUAACAACAUUUUCAAAAUGAGUAGGUUGAUUACUGCUCUUAGAGUUGGGCUUUACUUUAUUGUUUUUUUUUUAUUAAAAGAUCAUUUUAUUGGGAGUUCUUACAGCUCUUA